AUGGCUACCGACGAAAAACACCCAACAAUGCAAGCCUGGCAGACGGCCGCCGGCGGCGUCACCACUACGCUCGAAGCCUCACUCAGGCUCAAUGCCUCGGUGGCCGCGCCCAGCGCGUCGUCACUCGCCCGCGACGAAGUUCUCAUCGAAGUCAUCUCGGCCGCUCUCAACCCGGCCGAUUACAAGGUCGCCGAGAUGGGCCUCGCAUCCAAGCUCGUCUUCCGCAGUGGGCCGUACCAGCCUGGCAUGGACUACUGCGGCCGCGUCGUCGCCGCCCACGCCUCGGUCGCUGCCGCGCACCCGGAUAUUGCCCAGCCUGGCACCCUCGUGUUUGGUGCCAUUCCCAAUGCCCCGACGCCGCCCAAGCACGGCACCCUCUCUCAGUUCACCAUCGCCACCGCGGACCGCUGCGUGCCCGUUCCUGUCGGCAUCUUUCCGGACGACGCAGCGUGCGUCGGCAUCGCAGGGCUCUCGGCUCUCGGAUCGCUGGAGCAGGGCGGCGUUGUGCCAGGCUCCAAGGUUCUCGUCAACGGCGGCAGUGGCGGCGUCGGCACCUUCACCAUUCAGAUCGCAAAAGCCCUGGGCGCCGCCCACGUUACUGCGACCUGCUCCGCCGCCAACGCCGACCUGUGUCGCUCGCUUGGCGCUGACGAGGUGCUCGACUACCGCACCGUAGACGUAAUCGAGGAGCUGAAGGCGGGCGGCAGGGCCUUCGACGUCGCCGUUGACAACGUGGGUGACCCCGCUCUGAAGUUGUACGAAAACUCCGCCUUCUUCUUGAAGGACGACGGCUGCUAUGUUCAGGUUGGUGCGAGCAUGUCGGUCGCUGGCAUCAGGAGUCUUGUGGGAAGGGCAUUGACGCCGAGAUGGCUGGGAGGAGGUGAAAGGAAGUUCAAGUUCUUUCAGGGACAGAUGCGGCCGGAGGGGCUAGGCAAGGUGGGAACAUGGAUGGCCGAGGGAAAAGUGAAGCCGAUAAUCGACCAAGCCUUCGAGUUUAAUGAUGUACCGCAAGCAUUCCAAAGGUUGAGAACAGGAAGAGCCAAGGGAAAGGUUAUAGUACAUGUAGGCAAGUAG